AUGGCAUGGACCUCUUGGGAAAAGAUGACUAAACCUAAAGCUAUAGGAGGGCUAGGAUUUCGGGAUUUCCAAGCUUUCAAUGAUGCCUUCUUAGGCAAACUAGGAUGGAGGAUCCUUAACAACCCGAGCCUGCUACUGUCGAGAAUACUGAUGGGCAAAUACUGUCAUUCAGAAAGCUUCAUGGAAUUCACUGAAAAAUCGGCAAUUUCACACGGAUGGCGCGGGAUUCUAGUACGUAGGGAUCUACUAAAAGAGAACAUGGGAUGGGUUGUUGGAGACGGCUCAUCAAUUAGUGUGUGGUAUGACCCAUGGCUCAGCCUCUCUGCGCAGCUGAGACCAACAGGACCGGCGACAGAGGACUCGAUGAACCUAACAGUGGUUGACCUGUUUCAUGAGAACUCAAGAACUUGGGACAAGGAAAAAAUCUAA